AUGGCAUCUAAUAACGAACGAUUGCUGUUUGCUGCGAAGAACGACAACGAGGAUUUGAUCCUUGAGAUAUUUGGAAAGCCGGGAUCCUUCAACAUAAAUUAUAUCGAUGGGCUUGGCAAUACAGCACUCCAUUACGCUGCUUCCAAGGGCUCGAUUUACGUUUUGGAGCACAUUUUGUCGCAUGAGGAUUGCGACGUGGACCCCAUCAAUCGACUGGAGAAAGCAACCCCGUUGCACUUGGCCGUGAAAAUUUCAGAUCCUGAAUUACGGUUUCACGUGGUGGAAAGUCUCCUCGAAGCGGGUGCUGACACGAAGAUCAAAGAUAAAUGGGGUACCAUUGCAAUAGAUUUGGUGCCUGCUAAUGAUGAACGAACUCGAGGCGCAUUCCGACUGGCGCAAGUGGCUAACCAGAUAUCGUACUUGAUGUAG